UUGAAGCGCUUGGUAAAAAGUCGAAUGUCUUUGGCGAAGUGGAGACUGGACUUGACAAGUGCCGGAACACGGAAUGUGAGUCGUGCUUUGGAUUCGUCGUUCAAUCCGCCUGGUUAUUCACAAGCUGGAAUUACUGUUCAGCAGAUAGAACAAACUGGAGACAGUGAACAAACGCAUCAUUUGAUGAAGAAACGUGCCUGGGACAUGGCAUUGCAACCUAUCAAGAGCUUACCGAUGAAUCUUUUCAUGAUGUAUAUGUCCGGCAAUACAAUCAGUAUAUUUCCUAUUAUGAUGAUCGCGAUGAUGGCUUGGCGUCCUGUUAAGGCAUUGAUGAGCGUUAAUCCGGCAUUUAAACCUUUGCAGGAUGAACAUAUGGGCUCACUUUUGCUGCAUAAAUUGGUUUUCGUGCUUGGGAAUAUGAUAGCAGUAGCAAUGGCUCUGUACAAGUUACACAGUAUGGGAUUGUUACCCAAUCAUGCAUCAGAUUGGCUCGAUUUCCAGCUACCACCUCAACGGAUGCAGUAUUCUCUUGUUUCAGAUUCAUUUAUCUCAUAAUAUUUGUUGUUCCUUCGUUUCUUCAAUGUAAUGUUUUUUCAAUCAAGUAAAGGAUUGCUAGCACUUCUUUUUGGAUUUCAUGAUUUUAAUGGAAUAGACCUUCUCCAGAAGUGAAGUUUCUUUUUAUAUCGAUUGCAGAAGAAUAAUGGAGGUGAAAGCGCGAAAAAGGUUAUUUAGUCACAUGGAUUAACCACUAGUGUUUACUUUUUUCGUCACUUCCUACUGUUUCAUAUUCAAACACCUAAAAAAUGAUAUAUUUUAGUUCCUCAUCUCGGUGGGAUUCCUUUUGCGAUUCUUCUG